AUGCCGCCCAAAAAGCCUGCAAAGGCUGCCCCAGAGAAAUCCAAAGCUGAACCUGCUGUCGCCAGCUCCAGCAAAGGGAAGGGCAAAACACAAUCCACCACUAGCAGCGCUAAAGGCAAAGGCGCUGCUGCCGCCGCCGUCGAACCCCAGGAACCUCCAAGACCGAGCUUGAACGAGAUAAUUGGCGGGAAAGGCUGGACCGGAAAGCUCCCUGUGACCAUCUUUUAUGAAUUGACGGUCAAGAAUCAUUGGGAUAAGCCGGAGUACACUAAUAGACAAUUCAAAGAAGGUCACCAGUCUUCCGUCAUAAUCCGUUACAAGAACCCCAAAACCCACGAGACGGAAACAAUCCGUUUCGAUCCUCCUUCAACCCUCAAGACCGUCCCUACAUUCCAUCCAACAGCACUCGAAGCUCGACAUUUCGCGGCUACAUAUGCGUUACACAGGGUUUACUCCGGUCGAAACCUUCAAUAUGCGCUCCCACCGACUCACAGGCCUUACUGGCAGGCAUUCGAAACGGUUAAGAAGGAAGAUGUUAAACAAGGACUAGAAUCGAAGUACAGCGAAGACCCUUUUCUGGUACAGCGUGAAAGGAUAGCUGCAGAUGCUGAGAAAGCUGCAGCGAGGGAAAAGGCUGCUUUGGUGGGAACCGUUGCGACUACCGGUGCACAUGCAAUAUCCUCCAAGCAGGUACCCAGGGGCUGGGCUGGCUCGGUCCUUGUCAACAUGGGAAAGGGCUCGAGAGGCCUUCUCGAGAAGUUCAUUCGAUUGAACAAAGACUGGAAAUAUGACAAUACUCUCGACAAUACGACAAGAUAUUCGAUUGUUAGUCAAUUGACUACCGCUGGGUUCAGAAUCAGCCAUGCAGAGGAAGCGUGCGAGUGGGCUACAAAUCUGGAGGACGCAUUAGAAUGGUUGCUUAUUCAUGUUCCCGAGGACGAUAUGCCAGCAAAGUAUCUGCCAGAUAAUUAUACGGUUGGAGCAGUGGCUUUUGUUACAGAUUCUUUGGCGAGAGAGUACGCUGCCAAAAGGCUUUCGACGGCGGGGUACCCCAUUGAAGCCGCGCGUGAAGCACUUGCGGCAUGUAGCGAUAAUGAAACCCGUGCUGCAGAGAUUCUCAUGCAAACGCUAGUCUACGGCGAGCCCAAGCGACGAGCAUUCAACAACGAGGACGAUCUCAUAAUCUUCGACGAUGAACCGGAAUUUUCAGAUGAACAUUGGAAAGAAGAACAAGACUCCCUCGAAGCUAUCUACGGCGAAAAAUUCACCCGAGUCUCCGAAGACACUUGUCACAUCAAGUUGGAAGUUAACAGCAAAAAGCUUCCGACGAAGCUGUUUCUGGAAGUCAGGAAGCCAUGUUCAGGCUCUUAUCCCGAUGAGAUUCCGAUAUGGGCUGUAACCAGCGAGCCACUAUUACCUUCACAUGUGCGGUUGAGCUUGAUUAGACGGAUUGCUGAUUAUGCAGAGCCUUUAAAGGGCGAAGCUAUGAUAUUUGCAGUUGUCGAUUGGCUAGAAACUUCAAUUGAAGAGAUGGUAGAUCGACCUGGCAAGCUGAAAGAAGUAUCUAGCGUGGUUGCUGGCGCAGCUGCUAUCAGGAGUGCACAUAAACAUAUAGCACAGAAGAAGAAAAAUCCGAAGCAUAGAUCCAACCCGAUUGAUUGGACCCCGGGCCUUCCUGAGGCUUUGCAAAUGUUAAAACUUGCAGAAGAGAGAAUGGAUUCUAUGGAAGGAAGAAAGAUGAUGGCUAUUAGAAGAUCACUACCAGCUUGGAACCUUAGAGCACAUAUUACUGAGUGCAUUGAUAGUAACUCAGUUACCGUCAUUUCUGGUGAAACCGGUUCUGGAAAAUCAACACAGUGUGUCCAAUUUGUCUUGGACGAUUUGAUCCGCCGGAACCUUGGGACUGCGGCAAAGAUUCUUUGCACGCAACCCAGACGUAUUUCGGCCAUUGGUUUGGCUGAGAGAGUUGCUGCGGAGAGAUGCGUCGCAGUGGGAACGGAGGUUGGAUACGCGAUUAGAGGAGAGUCAAAACUAGGACCUAAUACCAGUAUCACUUUUAUGACAACCGGUGUCCUCUUGCGACGUUUGCACGAUGGUGAUGGGCUAUCGGAUGUUUCUCAUGUCGUAAUUGACGAAGUUCACGAACGAUCCCUGGAUAGUGACUUCUUGUUGGUUCUAAUGAAGAGGUUGUUAGAGAAACGGAAGGAUUUGAAGUUGGUUUUGAUGAGUGCGACCUUAAAUGCAAAGGUCUUUGCUGACUACUUUGGCAACGUCCAAAUCGUCAAUAUUGAAGGGCGGACAUUCCCCGUUAACGAUUUCUAUCUCGACGAUGUCCUUCGGUUUACGAACUUCAACGCCUUGGCUCGCGGAGAAAAGUUAAGACCAGUGGAUGCCGAUACAGCGGAUGUGGAUCCUGCCAUUGGCAUGCAAAUGAGAGCCCUUGGACAAGGUGUCAACUAUGAAUUAAUCGCCGCCACCGUCCAAACGAUUGAUGAAGAACUUGGCGAUAAAGACGGUUCUAUUUUAAUUUUCCUCUCGGGUACCUUGGAAAUUCAUCGGGCGAUAAAGGCCAUUAACGAUAUUCCGGAAUCAUACCGAUACCUCGCAUACCCGCUCCACGCUUCACUCAUUCCCGCCGAACAACGAAAGGUCUUUCUACGUGCACCAAAGGGACAAAGGAAAAUUAUUUGUGCGACAAACGUCGCCGAGACUUCAAUCACUAUUGAGGAUGUUGUGGCGGUAAUUGAUACCGGCCGUGUGAAAGAGACCUUAUUCGAUCCCGAAACCCGCAUGAUACGGCUCGCGGAGACAUGGGCAUCGAGGGCGUCUUGCAAGCAGCGUAGGGGUAGAGCUGGUAGAGUUAGGGAGGGUAACUGUUAUAAAUUGUACACGAGAAACGCAGAGAUGGAAAAGAUGAAGGAAGCUACAACACCAGAGAUUUUGAGAGUGCCUUUGGAGAAUAUAUGUCUUACGAUUAAAGCUAUGGGAGUUAAAGAUGUUGGAACAUUCUUGAGAUCAGCGUUGACACCACCGGAUACCCGUACUGUGGAUGCGGCGCUAACGACGUUGACUCGAAUGGGAGCUCUCAGAGAUGAUGAUUUGACAGGUCUUGGAAAACAUCUGAGUACGAUCCCGGCGGAUGUGAGGAGUGCGAAAUUGAUGAUAUACGGAUCCAUAUUCGGCUGUGUAGAUGCAGCUUUGACGAUUGCAUCUAUAUUGGCGGUCAAGUCACCAUUUGUUGUUCCUCGAGACAAGCGGGACGAAUCGAGAGAAGCCCGCUCUUCCUUCGGCGCAGGUGGUGGAGAUUUAUUCGCCGACUACCAGGCUUUCGAAGAAUGGUCGAAUAUCUCGCCAACCCUCUCACACUCCGAGCUUCGCAACUGGUGUGACCAGAACAUGCUAUCCCUCCCCACACUCAACGACAUCCGAUCCAAUAAAUCACAAUACAUCUCUUCCCUCCAAGAAAUCGGUUUCCUCCCAUUAUCCUACCACAAAGACGCCGGUUCCACCCGUUCUCUAAACUCACAAAAUGGGAACGACGCACUAGUCCGCGCCAUCGUCGCCUCUUCGUUCAGUCCACAAAUCGCACGAGUCCAACUACCGGAGAAGAAAUACGCCGCAACAAUGAGCGGAGCCAAAGAGUUAGAUCCGGAAGCCAGGACCAUCAAAUACUUCACAGAGGACGAAAGAGCAUUCUUACACCCUUCGAGUACAUUAUUCGACGCCCAGGGUUUCAAGGGAAACGCAGCGUUCAUGGCCUACGCGAGUAAAGUUUCUACGUCGAAGAUUUUCCUGAGAGAUGUUACACCUGUCAGUGCUUAUGGUAUCUUAUUGUUGGGUGGGAAUGUGGAGUUGGAUAUGAGCGGGAGAGGGGUGAAGGUCGAUGGGUGGGUUAGGGUGAAAUGUUGGUUGAGGAUCGGGGUUUUGGUGAAGUGUUUGAGGGUUUUGUUGGAUAGAGAGUUGCAGAGGAAAGUGGAGAAUCCGGGGUUGGAGGUUGCGGGGAGUGAAGCUGUGGCGUUGGUUAGGAGGUUGAUUGAAUUCGAUGGGAUGGAUCCGGCGUAG